CGGAAGUUCAGCCAUCUUUUAGGGGAGAGAGAAAGUUUCAGCAGUUUUAAAGAUCUAUAAAUCUACACAAAAUGGCUGCAACUUUAAGACCUUAUCUCAACGCUGUCCGUUCAACACUCACGGCUGCCAUGUGCCUAGAAAAUUUCAAUUCUCAAGUGGUCGAAAGACAUAACAAACCCGAAGUUGAGGUGCGCAGUUGCAAAGAAUUGUUGCUCACUCCAGUAACCAUCAGUAGAAAUGAAAAGGAACGAGUGCUCAUAGAGGGCUCAGUAAAUUCAUUACGAAUMAGUAUUGCUGUGAAACAAGCCGACGAAAUUGAGAAAAUCCUCUGUAAGAAGUUUAUGCGUUUCAUGAUGAUGCGUGCGGAGAAUUUCUUCGUUUUACGACGCAAACCAGUCGAAGGAUUCGACAUCAGCUUCCUCAUCACCAAUUUUCACACCGAAGAAAUGUUCAAACACAAACUAGUGGAUUUCGUCAUUCAAUUCAUGGAGGAAAUCGAUAAGGAAAUCAGUGAGAUGAAGCUCACUUUGAAUGCAAGGGCUAGAAUCUGUGCWGAAGAGUUCUUGAAAAACUUUUAACAGCCAUUAUCAAGACAUUAAGAGACAUUAAACUACUAAAGACCUUGUUUAUAUCAAUUUUAAAUAGUACUUAAGUUCAGAGACGGUAUAAAGAAUUCAYAGACAGAACGGCUACUCAAGAUAUUUUGAUAGCAUUUUUGUACAUGUGAUAAUCCCAAAAUGAAUGUAGAAAUAAGAUAUUUUCUUAUAUUAUUGAUUACUGUGCUUAUAAUCUCAUAAUGACACUAAUGUUAUUAUCAAGGUUACGUACCAAUUAAUACCUUGUUACUUUUGAUAUUUUCACGUAAAAAUAUUGUCUUUUGUUAGUUGUCGUUUACAUGUCAUGUAAUAAACUUCAUAAAUUUUAUAA